AUGAGCAUUUGCUUCGGUACUGACCAUUCCCCCGAGGCCUUAAGAAAGUGGGCAAAGAAGCACGGCAUAUUUCUUCAUCCGGAUGUCGCUUUCCUUGUUCCCACAAAGACGAUGGGGUUUGGCGUAUUUGCCCGCAAGCCGUUGUGCGUAGGUUCCGUGAUUGUCAGUUGCCCAUUUGCAACCUGCAUCUCUCCCUAUACAGAGCAGACCACCUUCGAGUCGCCGUGUGUGAAGGCCCUUGCGGAAAUGCAUCUCACAGACAAUGUCCUUUUUGUCGUUUUGCGACUUAUGGCGGAAGCUGUGCGUCCUUCGUCGCCGUGGAUGCCCUGGCUGAGGGCCUGCCCACGCAUGCCGGACCAUUUUUUUGACACGACUCUAGCCGGGCCUGUGUUCGGUCUGACGGCGGGCGCGGACACCGGAGAGGCGCCGGUGGCGGCUGCCCCGUUGUCAUGGACAGGACCCUCACAGCAACUGCGUGAGGUAGACGUGGCGGCACGGUGGGAUGCCGCACAGGAGGUAAUACGGCGUUAUCCGGAGCACUGGCCACAGAAACGCGCGACGUUUGAGCUUUUUUGUGAGUGUCUGGCGCAGGUCUUCUCUCGCAAUUUUCACCGCGAGGAGAUUGCGGGGCGCGAGGGGCCUUACCUUCUUCCCUGCCUGGACAUCAUCAACCACUCCGCCACGGCAAACGCGAGGUUUGAGAUCCGCGGCGGGGGCCGCAAACACCCCAUGGAGUUUUGCGUCGUCGCGGCCCGUGAGCUGUGCCGCGGGGAGCAGGUGUUUUGCUCGUAUGGGCGAAUUGGCGCGUCCAGGUUCGCGGUGGAGUUUCAGUUUGUCACGGAGUCCAUUGCACGGGAAGACAUGCUGCGCUUUUCUGUUGACGUCAUCGCGGAGAUGACGUCAGCCCUCACCUCGCUUGGCGUGGAACCCUCUGCCGCCACCGUGGCGGACUCGGGAGCGAUCCGGCGACGCAUCGAGUGGCUGCAGCGCCUCGGCAUCCUGUGCGACGAAGGGUUUUACGUCUCGCGCCUGCCCCCCGCUGGAGAACUCCGGGGCGACAAGAUGCCUGCAGCCGCUGCGAAGGAAAUCCAAACCCUAUUUAACGUGUUCUACCUCAUGACCGUGGGGGCGUCGAAAUUUGAUAACUUAACCCACGCGAUCAACCGUGAGUGGCGGGCGGAGCGGACGCCAGAGCUGGUGGCGCUGGUGUUGAGGGUGCUUGGCAUGCGGGCGGAGGCGGCAAAUGCGCAGUUGGCCGCCGCGGAACUGCACCUGGCGGAGGCUCCACAUCAUGCACGCAGAAACUUGCUGCGGCUGUCGUUGAACUCCGAGCUGGAGAUGGUUCAACUUCUUCAGAAGUACGUGGGCGAGCCUCACUAG